AAGAAAACAAAAGUAAGUGGUUAGUAAAACUAAAACUAGAAGAGUGUUUUAUUACGAAGCAUUUAAAGCGCCGACGAAAGUUGAAAGAAGACACGAAGAGGAAGAGAACAACACACACGAUUUCUCGUCUGAUUUAUCAGUUUCAGAUUCGCUCAAUUUUUCAGAUUCGCUCAAUUUUUCAGAUUCAUCUCGGAUUCACUUGAUUGUCUUCUCUCCGGGAAAUUGAAGAUCUGGGUGCAGAACUCAUAAGCACGAGCUAUAUAUAGCCAUGGACGAAAAUACUAAAUUUGUAUCUGGAAAUGGUAGAACCGAGCUUGUAAAAUUCAUUGCUGAUAGGCAUACCAAACUCAUGAAACAAGCCGCUCGAUAUUAUUCCGCACUUAAAGAUGCUAUGGCUCGUGGGAGAAGAAGAUAUUCACUUGUCAAAGAUGUAGACGACAUGGAAACAGGAGCAUAUGACAAACCUCUUCCAUGCUUUGGUUGUGGAAUCGGUUGGUUCUCCUUUCUCCUAGGAUUUAUGUUUCCACCUUUGUGGUACUAUGCUGCAUAUCUUUAUUUUGGGAACUAUUAUCGUAAAGAUCCUAGAGAAAGAGCUGGUCUUGCUGCUUCCGCAAUCACUGCGAUGGGAUUCUCUCUUGUGUUACUCGUGUUUUUUGCUGUCCGGUGGUUUUACUAUCCUUAAAGGUAUACUACAAGAUAAACUAUGUAACUAUCAUUCAUACCUACAAGUUUCAGUGUUCAUCAAGGAAUAGUCGCUAAACUCAUGUACAUUCACAUAAAACCAAUGAUUUUUACUUUGACAUUUUUAUCAAGUUGUUUAUAAUUUUUUGUUCACAACAUAUAGAGUUUGUAUACGAACAAAGAAUCAAAAAGAACAAAUGGUUUAAUGGUUGUAUUGUAGCUUUACACAUUAUUUUGGCUGUGAU